AUGGAGCCCUCCAGAGCGCUUCUCGGCUGCCUGGCGAGCGCCGCCGCUGCCGCCCCGCCGGGGGAGGACGGAGCGGGGGCCGGGGCCGAGGAGGAGGAGGAAGAGGAGGAGGAGGCGGCGGCGGCGGUCCCCGGGGAGCUGGGCUCCGACGCACCGCUGCCCUACUGGACGGCGGUGUUCGAGUACGAGGCGGCUGGAGAGGACGAGCUGACCCUGCGGCUGGGCGACGUGGUGGAAGUGCUGUCCAAGGACUCGCAGGUGUCCGGCGACGAGGGCUGGUGGACCGGGCAGCUGAACCAGCGAGUGGGCAUCUUCCCCAGCAACUACGUGACCCCGCGCAGCGCCUUCUCCAGCCGCUGCCAGCCCGGCGGCGAGGACCCCAGUUGCUACCCGCCCAUUCAGUUGUUAGAGAUUGAUUUUGCGGAGCUAACCCUGGAAGAGAUUAUUGGCAUCGGGGGCUUUGGAAAGGUCUAUCGUGCUUUCUGGAUAGGGGAUGAGGUGGCCGUGAAAGCAGCUCGCCAUGACCCCGAUGAGGACAUCAGCCAGACCAUAGAGAAUGUUCGCCAAGAGGCCAAGCUCUUCGCCAUGCUGAAGCACCCCAACAUCAUUGCCCUUAGGGGGGUGUGUCUGAAGGAACCCAACCUCUGCUUGGUCAUGGAGUUUGCUCGUGGAGGGCCUUUGAAUAGAGUGUUAUCUGGGAAAAGGAUUCCCCCGGACAUCCUGGUGAACUGGGCUGUGCAGAUUGCCAGAGGGAUGAACUACUUACACGAUGAGGCCAUUGUCCCCAUCAUCCACCGUGACCUUAAGUCCAGCAACAUAUUGAUCCUCCAGAAGGUGGAGAAUGGAGACCUGAGCAACAAGAUUCUGAAGAUCACUGAUUUUGGCCUGGCUCGGGAAUGGCACCGAACCACCAAGAUGAGUGCCGCCGGGACGUAUGCUUGGAUGGCACCUGAGGUCAUUCGUGCCUCCAUGUUUUCCAAAGGCAGCGACGUGUGGAGCUAUGGGGUGCUGCUUUGGGAGCUGCUGACUGGCGAGGUGCCCUUCCGCGGCAUCGAUGGCUUAGCAGUGGCUUAUGGAGUGGCCAUGAACAAACUCGCCCUUCCUAUUCCUUCUACAUGCCCAGAACCUUUUGCCAAACUCAUGGAAGACUGCUGGAAUCCCGACCCCCACUCACGACCGUCUUUCACCAAUAUCCUGGACCAGCUCACUACCAUAGAGGAGUCUGGUUUCUUUGAAAUGCCCAAGGACUCCUUCCACUGCCUGCAGGAUGACUGGAAACAUGAGAUUCAGGAGAUGUUUGACCAACUCAGGGCCAAAGAAAAGGAGCUUCGCACCUGGGAGGAGGAGCUGACCCGGGCUGCACUCCAGCAGAAGAACCAGGAGGAACUGCUGCGGCGUCGAGAACAGGAGCUGGCCGAGCGGGAGAUCGACAUCCUGGAACGGGAGCUCAACAUCAUCAUCCACCAGCUGUGCCAGGAGAAGCCCCGUGUGAAGAAACGCAAGGGCAAGUUCAGGAAGAGCCGGCUGAAGCUCAAGGAUGGCAACCGCAUCAGCCUCCCCUCCGAUUUCCAGCACAAGUUCACGGUGCAGGCCUCCCCCACCAUGGAUAAAAGGAAGAGUCUUAUCAACAGCCGCUCCAGUCCUCCUGCAAGCCCCACCAUCAUCCCUCGCCUUCGCGCCAUCCAGUUGACACCAGGCGAAAGCAGCAAAACCUGGGGCAGGAGCUCGGUCAUCCCGAAGGAGGACGCGGAGGAGGAGGAGAAGAGGGCCUCAAAGAAGAAGGGACGGACGUGGGGGCCAGGGACGCUUGGUCAGAAGGAGAUUGCCUCAGGAGAUGAAGGCCUCAAAUCCCUGGUAGAUGGAUACAAACAGUGGUCCUCCAGUGCCCCCAACCUGGGGAAGGGCCCCAGGAGCAGCCCGGCCCUACCUGGGUUCACCAGCCUUAUGGAGAUAGAGGAUGAGGACAGCGAAGGCCCAAGGAGUGGAGAGAGUCGUCUACAGCAUUCACCCAACCAGUCCUACCUCUGUAUCCCAUUUCCUCGUGGAGAGGAUGGGGAAGGCCCCUCCAGUGAUGGAGCCCACGAGGAGCUGACCCCAGUCAACUCAGCCACCAGUACCCCUCAGCUGACGCCAACCAACAGCCUCAAGCGCGGCAGUCCUCAUCACCGCCGCUGCGAGGUGGCUCUGCUUGGCUGCGGGGCUGUUCUCGCAGCCACAGGCCUAGGGUUUGACUUGCUGGAAGCUGGGAAGUGCCAGCUACUUCCCCCGGAGGAGCCUGAGCCACCAGCCCGGGAGGAGAAGAAGAGGCGUGAGGGUCUUUUUCAGAGGGCCAGCCGUCCUCGUCGGAGUACCAGCCCCCCAUCCCGCAAGCUCUUCAAGAAGGAAGAGCCCAUGCUGUUGCUAGGAGACCCCUCCGCCUCCCUCACGCUGCUCUCUCUUUCCUCCAUCUCCGAGUGCAACUCCACCCGCUCCCUGCUGCGCUCCGACAGCGAUGAGAUUGUGGUGUAUGAGAUGCCAGUCAGCCCAGUGGAGGCGCCACCCUUGACCCCGUGCACCCACAACCCCCUGGUCAAUGUCCGAGUGGAGCGCUUCAAGCGAGACCCGAACCAGUCUCUGACUCCCACCCACGUCACACUCACGGCCCCCACGCAGCCAAGUGGUCACCGGCGGACUCCUUCUGACGGGGCCCUCAAGCCGGCAGCUCUCCUGGCCAGCAGGAGCCCCUCCAGCAAUGGCUUGAGCCCUAGUCCUGGAGCAGGAAUGCUGAAAACCCCCAGUCCCAGCCGAGACCCAGGUGAAUUCCCCCGUCUUCCCGACCCCAAUGUGGUCUUUCCCCCAACCCCAAGGCGCUGGAACACACAGCAGGACUCUACCUUGGAGAGACCCAAGACACUGGAGUUUCUGCCUCGGCCUCGGCCUUCUGCCAACCGGCAACGGCUGGACCCGUGGUGGUUCGUGUCCCCCAGCCAUGCCCGCAGCACCUCCCCAGCCAACAGCUCCAGCACAGAGACGCCUAGCAACCUGGACUCCUGCCUCGCCAGCAGCAGCAGCACUGUGGAGGAGAGGCCUGGACUGCCGGCCCUGCUCCCGUUCCAGGCGGAGCCGCUGCCCCCCGCCGAGCGGACGCUUCUGGACCUGGAUGCAGAGGGGCAGAGUCAGGACAGCACCGUGCCGUUGUGCAGAGCCGAACUGAACACACACAGGCCCACUCCUUAUGAGAUCCAGCAAGAGUUCUGGUCUUAGCAUGAGAAGGGGCGGGGCGGGCAAGGGGGGAGCGGGAGGAGGUGGGGGAGCUGGCUGGUACAGCCCUUUCUCAGAGUUGGACCCCCUGAGAUCCAGCCCUACUUCUUGCACUGAUAAUGCACUUUGAAGAUGGAAGGGAUGGGAACAGGGCCACUUCAGAGGGUCUCUUGCCCUGCAGGGCCCCUCUACUCCUAUCCACUGGGGAGACUGUGGCCAUCAGCUCUGGCUGUGUAGGGGAGGGUGGGGUGCGUGCAUGUCCCCCACCCUCUGGUCUUCCUCGCCUUUUGGGUGACCCUGCAGAGUCACUCAGCCAAAUCUAUCUGCUGCUCCCUGUCCUCAGCCAGUUGGGUAUGCCCAGAGCUAUCCUGGGUUUCUCUGUCAGCCCUGAGUUCAGCCUCCCAAUGUCAGUAUUGGAGGUUCUGGGAUUGGCUUUGCUCCUUUUCCAUUCUCCCCAGCACCCAUGAAUUGGAAUUUCAUUUGGUGUGAGAUCUGAGCUUUUCUGUGCCCUAAGCCCUCACAUGCCAGCUGGAAGACUGAAGGCAAGGUGGCCCAGGGUGGGGACAUAGGGUUGGUGGGCCUAGCACUACCUAUCUGCACUUACUCAUUUGAGCCCACAGGUGGAAAAGGGAACUGCCUCAGAGAGAACUGGUGGGCAUGGGGUGUUAGGAAAAAUACAGUCAUGUUGCAGUGAAGAAGAUGACAGAGUCUGUCCUUGUUCCUUUUGGAAACACUCAAAGAAGGGCAGAAACCAGUACCUGUUGAAAGUACCCAUCUACCUACUUAGGGUCAGGACAUGGUCAGACCAGGUUCUGAUAUAAACAUUUGCUCAUCCUAGGAAUAGUUUCUUGGGAGACUCACUCAUUGGUGCCAGUUCUGAAGUCAGAGACAAAGUUCUGCUGUUUGUUCUUUUUCUUGUCCAAACUUUAUACGUUAUUCCCUUCCCUGGGUCUUCCUUCCAAUCCCUGGACUCCCUGGGAUUUAGGGUAUGUGUUUGGUUAGUAGAUAUUUCUGUGGUGCAUCAGGAUAGCACGUGGUGGUGGGUCAUGGACCCUGGGAGUUGGGGAUCCCUUGUCAGCCAGGCCAUGCAUUUUGUGAUGCCCUUGAAGUAAAAUGGAGCC